UUUCUGUGUUUUUUUUGAAGGACUUCUUCAUUUAUUCCUUUUGAAAAUGGUGUUAAUGACGAUGAUAGCCCGUGUCGUGGACGGGCUACCCUUGGCAGCCUCUAUUCAAGAAGAUGAACGGUCCGGCAAAGGAGUCAUGGAUUUCCAAAAUCAGGCUAAAAUGCUUUUCAAGAAGUUGACCCCUCAGAGUCCACCGCGAUGCUCCAUAGAAAGUGAGCUUGAAGGGAAAGCUCAUGGACUAUCCAUGAUGAGCCAGAAAUACAAGAAGGAUGCCAGGUAUCUCAAUCUGAGUUCAACGUAUGCCAAAGUCGCAGCUGUCGGAGUCGUGUUGUUUGUCCUCUUUCUAUACUUCUACGUAUUUUGA